CCCGCUCAUUUUUGGGGUCUUUCCUCAGCCCUGAUGUUCCUGCUGGGAAUCCUGGACUUCCUCUUCGUCAGCCACGCCUACCACAGCAUCCUGACCCGCGGCGCCUCCGUCCAGCUGGUCUUCGGCUUCGAGUACGCCAUCCUGAUGACCAUGGUGCUGACCAUCUUCAUCAAGUACGUGCUGCACUCCGUCGACCUGCAGAACGAGAACCCCUGGGACAACAAGGCCGUGUUCAUGCUCUACACCGAGCUCUUCACCGGGCUGAUCAAGGUGCUGCUCUACAUGGCCUUCAUGACCAUCAUGAUCAAGGUGCACACCUUCCCGCUCUUCGCCAUCCGCCCCAUGUACCUGGCCAUGAGGCAGUUCAAGAAGGCCGUCACGGACGCCAUCAUGUCCCGCCGGGCCAUCCGCAACAUGAACACGCUGUACCCCGACGCCACGGCCGAGGAGCUGCAGGCCAUGGACAACGUGUGCAUCAUCUGCCGGGAGGAGAUGGUGACGGGCGCCAAGCGCCUGCCCUGCAACCACAUCUUCCACACCAGCUGCCUGCGCUCGUGGUUCCAGCGGCAGCAGACGUGCCCCACGUGCCGCAUGGACGUGCUCCGCGCCUCGCUGCCCCCGCAGCCGCCCCCCGAGGCGCCGGCCCCGGCCCCGGCCGCGGCGCAGGGACCCCCCAACUUCCCGCAGGGGCUGCUCCCUCCCUUCCCGCCGGGGAUGUUCCCGUUCUGGCCGCCCGUGGGGCCCUUCCCGCCCGGCCCCGCUGCUGCUGCUGCUGCUGCUGCCCCGGCCCCGCCCGGCCCCGAGGCCGCCGGAGCCGCUCCCGGUGCCCGUCCCGGUGCCGCUCCCGGUGCCGGUCCCAGUCCCGGUGCCAGUCCCGGUGCCGGUGCCGGCGCUGCCGGGCCGGAGCCGGGCGGUGCCGGGGCGGUGCCGGGGCUGCCGCUGCCGCCGCCCUGGGUGGGGAUGGCGUGGCCUCCGCUCUUUGGGGUGCCCCCCAUGCCCGUGCCCCCCGCCGGCUUCGCGGGGCUGACGGAGGACGAGCUGCGCGCCAUGGAGGGCCACGAGCGGCAGCACCUGGAGGCGCGGCUGCAGUGCCUGCACAACAUCCACACGCUGCUGGACGCCGCCAUGCUGCAGAUCAACCAGUACCUGGGCGUGCUGGCCUCCCUCGGUCCCGGCAGUUUGGGGUCACCCCGGGAUCCCCCCAGGACCCCCCGGCCGCCCCCCCCCCCGCGAGACCCCCCUGGAGGAGCCCCCGGCACCGGGAGCCUCGGGAGCCCCCGGGGGCAGCGCGGAUGCGGCCCCGGCCGAGGAUGAGGAGGAGGCCGAAGGCCCCGAGCCCCGCGAGGGCCCCGACACGGCCGAGCUGCGGCGGCGGCGGCUGCAGAGGCUGGGGACCCCCCCCCCACUGACCCGGACCCCCAAAAACUGAC